CGCCACCACAAGCGGCAACUUCUUGGCUUCCAGUUGAUCUCCGUGUCUCCCUUACGUGUAUUGUACGUUUCGCCUCAAUCAAGCUUCACCUGCUAUAUCUGUCUGCAGCGACUAUGGCCGCGUUGUCGUCCGUCGACAACCAUGGUCGCAUGCUCAAGCGAGCCGAUCCCAGCACGAUUCAAGACAAAUUCAUGGUCGGCUAUCAGGGAUGGUUCACCUGUGCGGGGGAUGGCCCUCCCCUUGGACCAGGCCACCAUGGCUGGCUGCAUUGGUUCAAUUAUCCUAUACCUGAUGGAGGGCGUCCAAACACGGACCUAUGGCCAGACCUCUCUGAAUACUCACCGUCGGAGCUGUAUCCUGCUCCCGGUCUCAAGUACCCUAAUGGGGAACAAGUGUUCCUGUUUUCCUCACGCCAUCCGAGGACAGUACAGAGACACUUCCACUGGAUGGCGCAGCAUGGGGUUGACGGUGCCUUCUUGCAACGCUUUGCUGGGCAGACCGAUCUGGAGGCUGGGAAUGAAGCCAUCAGGAAUCAGCGUGACGAAGUGGGCGAUCGUGUGAGAGAAGCAGCCGAGAAAGAAGGCCGAGUAUUUGCAAUCAUGUAUGAUGUUUCCGGUGUGCCCCCUGACCGUAUCCAGCGGGUCAUUGAGCAUGAUUGGAUGCACUUGAUUCACGAUAAGGGGGUACUAGACAGCCCUAACUACCUGCGCGAGCACGGUAAAGCAGUGGUGACCUUCUGGGGCUUCGGCUUUGCCGACUCCGGUCACGAUCCCGCUGUCGUCCGCGCUAUCACAACAUUCGUUCGCAACAACACACCUGGCGGUGCAUACAUCAUGGCGGGGACACCGGCCCACUGGCGAACAUCAGUGAGCGAUGCAGAUACGAACCCGGAGUUUGUCAAGGUCUGGUUGGAAGCAUUUGAUGCAAUCUCUCCUUGGACGAUUGGAAGGUACCAUAAUGAGGAGACUAACAAUUGGUUUGAGGAUCAAAAGAUUAAGGGUGAUGUCGAGUUGAUAAAUGAGAGGAAUCGACUCGCGGAGCAGGGACACCCCAAUGCAAGGCACAUCGACUACAUACCGGUUGUUUUCCCAGGUGGAUCGGGUCAUAAUCUUUCUGAAGGUAAAUGGAAAUGGAACGAUGCUCCUCGCCAAGGUGGUCGCUUCUUGUGGCGGCAGCUAUACAAUGUUCGCCGACAUGGCGUACGUACAAUCUAUGGGGCUAUGUGGGAUGAAUAUGAUGAAGGGACGGCCUACCUACCCGUCGUGCCGCAUAAGAGCCAAUUGCCAGUAUCGAAGACGCAUAAGUUUAUGGCACUUGAUGAAGAUGGCUACGAUUUGCCUUCAGACUGGUACAUGCGCGUUUGCUGCUUCGCUGCGGAAAGCCUUCGAGGCGAGCGCACGAUUACCGAGACAUUUCCCGAAAAGGAACUUAGAGAUUACUGGUCGUCCCACCCGCGCUAUGAGGAGGGAAUAAGCAGGUUGCCGUUUGACGAUGAAUGUGGAAAGCAAAACCAAGCUGCAGAUCAACGUGCUGAAGGUCCUCCGCCUCCUUAUAACUUUGAUACAGAAGGCGUACGUGCAAGUGCUCCAAUUCCGCCGCCUUCAACACGGCCGAUCAGCUCAUCAUCUUCCACGAUCUCGUCCGGGUCCUCGUCUUGGCAGCCACCUCCGAUCAACCCCAGUUCCCGUCCUACAUCGUCAGGUCCUGGAUCCAGCUCACAGUCGUUGAAUUUGCUGGUGGAUGACUUCAGCAGACAGUCCAUAUCUGACGGAAAGGCCGCUCGAUUUGGAGCGCCUCCGCUACAUCCAAAUCAUCCAGCUGCGAGCCGAUCCGUUCCUCCAGAACCUUGGUCGCAGUGGCCUCCGUCCCAAUGGGGAGCCCGCCCGCCUCCUCCACCGCGACCUACCUACACACCUAGUUACCUACCAGCUGCUCCGCCACCACCCCUUCGACCUCGGCCUUCAGCGUCGUCGGGCGGUUCACAAUUUGGAGAUGAUGAUCGUGCACGUCCUCAGCCGCCUUCUCAACAUCAAACUUACGCCUCCGCGUCGAGCCCGCCAUUUCCGCAACUCCCACCCAACCAACCUUAUCCGCCCGAGGCUCCGUAUCAGGGCUAUUCCUACAGUCCGGGCCCUUCAUCGCCGCCGCCCAACGCAGGCUACUACUCCCAAGCAGCUCCGCCCGGUGCCUUGUCUUACCAAGCUGGCCCACCGUAUGGAGGGUAUGGCGCACCGCCGCCGCCACGGCCGGGAUCAUACCCGUACCCAGGUCAGGCUCCAGCAGGCCGGCCGUCGCCGUCCUCCAACCCGCUUGAAUAUGCGACGAGUAUGGUCAACCGUGGAGAGGUGCAGCUGAAGAACCUAGCGAACGCUGGCACCAAGUUCUGGAACAAACGUACGAAGUGAAGAACGUUGACGUUGCGCGCGGAUGCUAUCAAUAGCUCUCACUCGCGAU